GCGCCUUUCUGGAGCUUGACAAUUCACCAGCACAGGCUGAUCGCCAUAUAGCUAAUUGAGCUAUGGCGGAGACACGUUCACCGACGAACACUAAUCAAGACACUAAUGAGCAACCAGUUGCAGCUGCAGCAGUGUUUGACCGAGUGUUUAAUGCUCUGCAACGUGCUAGGCACGAAUUGACGUUGGCUCCAUCGGCAGGGACUUCUGGCACCAACAUUUUGAGAUCAACCAGAAAUCUUUUCAGAAGACGUGGAAAUCGAGUUCAAGGCACAUCCUCCAGAAGGGGACGUUCGACUUGGCAGGUGGGCCUCUUUCUGCUCCCAAGACCAGAUAUCCAGUCUCUGCCAUCAACUUCUGCGCGUCAGGCUCUAACAAAUAAUGGAUUAGGAGUACCAGUGCAGGAGUCAGUGGAUGGACAACUGUCCACCAUUGAGCUGAAUUGGAGUCUGGCAGAAUUGAACCACUUUGUUUGUCAGAGAUUCCCAAUGAUUAGCUUGAACCUGGUGGGGUUUGAGCUGGCAAAAGUAGACAAGGGCAAAAAAAUCAAAAAGGUCCAAGCCAACUCUGUGAGAGCCCUGAAGAAAGUGAUGGGAAAGAGCAGACUCUACAUUGUCCCCUGUGCUGAAGUGGGGCAGACACAGGAUCUACCCAUACCACCUGACACCAUACAUGAAGCACAAGGCAACCCAGCACUUGAGAGGCCUCAAAGUCCAAGAGCAGAAGUCCUCACUGUACCUGUGACAAUAAAUGAUGUAGAGGGGUACACCUCUGACUCGUCCAGUCAUCAUCAGAGUCUACAUCCGACCAGCACUGAGACUGUAGAAAACCUUGAGAGAGCUCAAAGUCCAGGACUGGUUGUACUGCCUAUACCUGGAACACCACAUGAUGUAGAGGAGUGGAGGACUGUACGGCAACAACAAGACAUUGAAUACAAUCUGUCAUUGAGAGCUGACCAAGAAAAGGAUCAGAGCAGACGAGCUGUCUGCGACUACGAGGAGAGGCGUUUGAAGACAAUAGAUGAGAGACUCAUGAGGACAACUGAGGAACCUGCUGGUGGCAUACCUCUGAAAGUCAGUUUUCCAGAUGGCACAAUGAAGAUCAGACGGUUCCAUACAUCUGAUCCUAUGCAGGCCUUGUUUGACUUUGUUGGAUCACAUGCCUCAGCCACUGAGUAUUUUUACAUCAGAGAAACUACGUCAGGCACCACAGUCAUCAACAUGGUGUCUGGGACUCUUCUGGACCACAACAUCACCUCUCCAUUGAACCUCCAUGUUCGAUGGAUGGACAUGGAGGAAGUGCAGACCAUUUACCAGCAGCAAAACAGAGUUUCUGCUGAAGUGCCUGAUUUGAUGGAGGUUGUCCAAGUGAUUUUGGGCCUACACAGUGUGGACCUGCAGAGGAAAUCUACAUAGAUUACCUUGACAUCAUGCCAGAGACUGAGAUGUCAGAGCCAGAUGAGAUGCAGCUAACGGAUAACAUCGAAAUUCAAUGCACAGAAGAUUUUGACUGUUCCCCAAAAGAAAUUCUUUUGGAACUUGGGAAAAAUAUUAACUACAACUUGAGCUGCAGAUUUAACAUCAACCGAAACAAUGUACUCGAUGGUGCAUUUAGAGCAUUCAACCGGAAAUCAUACAAUCCAUUUAAGAGAAUUUCUGAGAAUUUCUGUUAAGUUUUCUGAUGAAACUGGACAUGUUGAGGAAGGAAUAGAUUUGGGAGGUCCAAGACGAGAGCUUUUAAGUCUACUAAUGGAAGACAUUGAGCGCUCCCCGAUGCUGACAGGUCCAGAUGGACAAAAAAACCUUGCUCUUGACUCGAUUGCUGUCAGAGAAGACAAGUACUAUAUCAUGGGGAAGGCUAUAUCAGUCAGUAUGGUUCAUGGGGGGCCAUCACCGGGAUUCUUUUCUCCCACUUUAUUUGAUUGCAUUGUGAAAGAUAACGUCUCAC